GAAACAUGCAAAGAUUUGGAAGCCUGAGGCAUGCACAGCGAGAACCAGACCUUGUCGCCGCGCCAUCGGCUCACGCUCCGCGGGGGCUGGGAGCACCGGCCGCGCAGCGUGUCGUCGCAGCUGCAUGAGAACCAAACCAACGGCGACAAGCCGGUCUACAAGGUUGGCAUCUCGCUGGCGCAGAUCCUCGACCGCAGCUACACGCUCGGACGCUUUCGCCAAACCAAGAUUAUAUGCGCUAUCGGCCCGAGCUGCUGGUCCACGGAGAUGCUCGGGCGACUGCUCGACGCUGGCAUGAACGUCGCACGCUUCAACUUCUCCCAUGGCGACCAUGCACUGCAUGCACGGUCGCUGUCCAAUCUUCGCGACGCGAUGCAGACGCGCCCCGGGUGCCACUGUGCCGUGCUCCUCGAUACCAAAGGCCCUGAGAUCCGAACAGGACCCUUGAAGGACCACAUACCCGUGCAUCUCGUCUCGGGCCAGGAGCUCGUGCUCGUGGCCGACGAGUCUUUUCAGGACGGCGACGCGACGCGCAUCGGAUGCAAUUACGCGCAUCUCGCGACGUCCGUGUCACCGGGGUCCACGAUCCUCGUCGACGACGGUGGGCUCACGCUCAAAGUGCUGGCCUGCAAAAGCGCUACCGAAGUCGUGACGCAAGUCCAAAACAACUACGUGCUCGACGAGCGCAAAAAUAUGAACCUGCCCGGGGCUGCGCUGCGUAUCCCUGGCAUCACGACCAAGGACGAGCACGAUCUACGCGAAUUUGCCAUCCCACAGCGCGUUGACAUUGUCUCUGGUUCGUUUGUCCGGUCUGCUGCCAACGUCCGUGCGAUCCGGGCCUGCCUUGGGGAAGCUGGCAAGUACAUCCGUGUGCACGCCAAGAUCGAGAGCCUCGAGGCGCUACGUAACAUUGAUGAAAUCAUCGCGGAAGCCGAUGGCGUCCACGUCUCCCGCGGCGACCUCGGCAUGGAGCUGGCCCCAGAGCAGGUGUUUAUGGCGCAAAAACUCAUCAUUCGCAAAGCCAACCUCGCCAACAAGCCUGUCGUGACGUCCACGCAGAUGCUCCAAUCGAUGACGAAAUGCCCGACGCCGUCCCGCGCUGAGUGCACUGACGUGGCCAACGCUGUCCUCGAUGGCACGGACUGUGUCAUGCUCUCUGGAGAAACCGCCAAGGGCCAAUAUCCCGUGGAAGCGGUCACGACCAUGGCGCGCAUCUGCAUCGAAGCAGAGGGCUCACUGCACUACCCGACGCUGUACACCAACCUGCGCGACGCGACGCCCAAGCCCAUUAGCAUAUGCGAAGCCAUGGCUUCGUCGGCCGUCGAGACGGCGAUUGACAUCCAGGCCAAGCUCAUCGUGGCGCUUACCGACUCGGGCUACACAGCCAAAUGCAUCGCCAAGUACCGUCCAGCAGCGCGCGUCCUGGCGGUGACGGCCGAGCCGUACGUCGCACGCCAGCUCACAGGCCUUUCUCGCGGCAUCACGUGCCUCAAAGUGGCUUCGAUGAGCGGCACGGACGACCUGAUUGACAUUGCAAUCGAGCACGCCAAGCGUCAACGCUGGAUCGCGAGCAUGGACAUCGUCGUCGUCUUGCACGGGCUCGUCGAGGGCGCACCAGGGCGCACCAAUGUGGUCAAGAUCAUCCAAGCCAACGACCAUGGGUACGCGUCCCCAAUGAACCAACGAUCACCGGCCAGCAUCGCGUUUCCGUGAUGCAUGACGCAGGCAAACUACAGUAUGCAGUAAUAGGCAAACGUCGAAUAAUGUAUGGACCCACUAGCAGUCA